AGGGCAACAGCGCAAAACAAGUCACGUAUUGAUAGCCCGCCGUUCGAUUCCUCUCGCUUGCUUGUAUCGCACGUCAUUUUUGCAGCAUUCAAUCGCUUGAUCCCGGGCAUCUUUCCAUCACAACAUGGCCGAGCCGAUUAGAGACGAAGAGAAACGGCAGCGCGUGCGACUGGCCGCUGAGUUUCUCGACCCAGUCGAUGUAUCCAGUCGCAGCUACCGACCAGAUAUUCUGGUGAUGCUAAAUAGAGGACUACGGAGACUCACAGUCAGCAUAGACGAGAUACGCUCACACAACCGCGAACUUGCCGACGGCCUUCUCAAUCAACCCUUUGACUUUUCAGAAGCCUUCAACAUUGCCCUCAAGCAAGUUGUCGGUACCUUCACCGACCGACCCAAGUCCGAGACAAGCGAAGAUGUUGUAUACUAUUGCGCAUACAUUGGCAGCUUUGGCGAGUACUCGGUCAAUCCCCGUACACUCAGCUCCAACCAGCUGAACCAUAUGGUGUCGCUGGAGGGUAUCGUUACAAAGACAUCUCUUGUACGGCCCAAGGUCACCAAGAGCGUGCACUACAACGAGGCCAAGCAAAAGUUUCACGCAAGAGCAUACGAAGACCAGACCAUGACUACUGGCGCAGCGAGUACAAGCGUAUACCCAACAGAAGACGAAGACGGAAAUGCCCUCAUCACUGAAUACGGCUACUGCACAUACCGCGAUCACCAGACCAUCUCCAUCCAAGAGAUGCCUGAACGCGCUCCCGCCGGACAACUCCCGCGAUCAGUCGAUGUCAUUCUAGAUGACGACCUUGUAGACCGUGUCAAGCCCGGCGACCGUAUCCAGCUUGUCGGUAUCUAUCGAUCACUCGGCAACCGCAAUGCCGGAGCUGGCAGCUCGACCUUCCGCACAUUGAUCCUCGCGAACAACGUCAUCCUAUUAUCCUCAAAGUCGGGCGGUGGGAUUGCCCAGGUUUCGAUUACAGACACCGACAUCCGCAACAUCAACAAGAUCGCAAAGAAUAGGCGUGUCUUCGAGCUUCUGUCUCAAUCGCUGGCUCCGUCUAUAUACGGCCACGACUAUAUCAAGAAGGCGAUAUUGUUGCUCCUCUUGGGAGGACAAGAAAAGAAUCUUGACAACGGCACGCAUCUGAGAGGAGACAUCAACAUACUCAUGGUCGGUGACCCCUCAACCGCCAAGUCACAGUUGCUCCGCUUCGUCUUGAACACUGCUCCACUCGCCAUUGCCACAACUGGUCGUGGGUCGUCCGGUGUCGGUCUCACGGCGGCUGUCACCUCGGACAAAGAGACGGGUGAACGACGGUUAGAAGCUGGUGCCAUGGUUCUUGCCGACCGUGGUGUUGUGUGUAUUGAUGAAUUUGACAAAAUGUCUGACGUCGACCGGGUUGCUAUCCACGAAGUAAUGGAGCAGCAGACGGUAACCAUCGCCAAGGCUGGUAUUCAUACAUCGCUCAACGCUCGCUGCAGUGUUAUUGCUGCAGCCAACCCCAUCUUUGGCCAGUAUGAUAUCCACAAAGACCCACACCGCAACAUCGCCCUGCCAGACUCUCUUCUUUCGCGUUUCGAUUUGCUCUUCGUCGUAACAGAUGACAUCGAGGACGCGCGCGACAGGCAGAUUUCGGAGCACGUUCUACGCAUGCACCGAUAUCGCCAACCGGGCACUGAGGAGGGCGCGCCGGUUCGCGAGGAGGGUGCCCAGCUUCUAGGUGUUGGUCUUGAGACUGAUGCUGAUGCGAAUCGCCCAACCGAAGUUUACGAGAAGUUCAACCCCAUGUUGCACUCGGGAGUUACUAUCACAGUUGGGCGAGGCGCUUCACGGAGAACUGAAGUUCUCAGCAUCCCCUUCAUCAAGAAGUACAUUCAGUACGCGAAACGAGAAAAGCCGAUUCUUACUAAGGGCGCGUCGGAUAACAUCGUGGCUGCCUACUCUGCCCUGCGCAAUGACGAACUGGACGCAGGCACGCGCCGCACUUCUCCCAUCACGGCACGUACUCUCGAAACACUCAUCCGUCUUUCGACUGCACACGCAAAGGCCCGUCUUUCCAAGCGGGUGGAGCAGAAAGAUGCGGAGAUUGCGGAACAGAUCUUACGAUUCGCUCUCUUCAAGGAAGUAGUCGAGGAUGACCGCCGCAAGCGAAGACGGACAGUCCGCGAUCCGGAUGCCAUGUCUACGGACGAAGAGUCUUCAGGUGAUGACGAAGAUGGCGGCGAACAAGAAACCACACAGCCUCAGCGUAAUGGAGGACGGUCAACUCGCAGCCAACGAACAACACGCACUCCUGCGGCCACAAAUGGCGGGGACGAAGACAACGAGGAUCUCUACAACGUCACGCCAAAGACACAACGCACAACCCAGCGCACCAACACCCGCACCCAAUCCUCCCAAGUCAGCGCCGCCUCUUCACAACCCGAAUCCCAACUCCCCGCCACACAAACCGAAUCGCAAGACUCACAAGGCAUCACACCUGCGCGUCUGCAAGUUUUCCAAACAGCGCUUGGCCAGCUCAUCGAUGGCCCGCUCUUUGCAAACGACGCUGCGGACGUGGAGCCCUUGGUUGCUGCGGUGAAUGCGCGAUUAGGAAGCGGUACUGGAAGAGAGGCGUUUGACAAUGAGGAAGCGGAGAAGGCGCUUGAGGCGCUGAGUGAGAGGAAUAAGAUAAUGUUUUCUGGGGGUAUUGUGUACAAGAUUUAG